CUUCAGCCCCCACCUCUCUCUCUUUCGCUUCAUUCUAUUUUUUAUGUGUGAAAAGAAAGCCACAACGUUGUAGAGAGAGAAAGACAGAGAAAUGCUGAGGCUAUGAAGCUCGGUGAUUUCGCCAUUGACGAUAGUUGAAGCUCUUAGAGAUAAUAUUUUUCAGGAAAUUUAAUUUGGAGGUGGAGGUUUUCGGAAUUUAGAGUCAAGAGGUAUGUUAAAUUUUUUAUCGGAGUUCUUCCUUUUUCCUGUAUUUUUUCUUCUUGUAGAUUUAGUAUAAUGUUGCCGCGAUUUUCUGCCUUUUCUUUUUAUUUCCUUUUGAGUGUUUUUUAGUUUGAUGAAAGUGAGGUGGAAAGUAUGUGGAAGAGUUUAAAUUCCAGAAUUUUGGUAUCUUUCAAGGACAAAUGCAGGGAGCAAGAAAUUAUGCCUUUGAUGUUUUGUCAUUAGAAAUCAAAGGAACAGAAAUCUCUAGUACUAUCAGUGCAAGAAAUAGGAAGCUAAGUUGGCCUUCAAAAUAUCUGUAUAAUAGUGUGAUUCAUCUAUCAAGAAAUCUCCAGCAUACCCUUGAAUUGUAUUUGAAACAAUCCAGGUCGGUACUGGACUAUGGGAAAUGACGAAGAGGGAAAGUCUGCUAAAUUCGAGAAAACUUCUCCGCCUGCAACUCCGGAUCAGACGACUCCUACUAAUCAGGCCAAUGUUCACGUAUACCCUGAUUGGGCUGCUAUGCAGGCAUAUUAUGGUCCAAGAGUUGCUCUCCCCCAAUACUACAACUCAGCUGUAGCUUCUGGCCAUGCUCCUCAUCCCUAUCUAUGGGGUCCACCACAGCCUAUGAUGCCCUCUUUUGGGACGCCUUAUGCGGCAAUCUACCCACAUGGCAAUGUCUAUGCACAUCCUCGAGUCCCUCUUGGAGCACAUGGUCAUGGGGUUCCAUCAUCGCCUGCUCUGGGUGUUACUCCUGUGACUGUGAGUGUGGAAAUGCCUACAAAAUCGUCUGGAAAUUCAGAGAAAGAGUUGGAGAAAAAGAUGAAAGGUUUUGAUUCACUUUCCAUGUCGAUAGGCAAUGGUAAUGUCGAGAGUAGGGCUGAAGAGAUGCUGUCACAAAGUACGGAGACAGAAGGUUCAAGUGAUGGCAGUGAUGGGCAUACUUCUGGGCAGGCAAAUCAAAUCAGAAGAAAAAGAAGUCGUGAGGAGACACCAACUACAGGAGAUGAGAAAACUGAGAAGCGGGUCAACUCAGUUUCUGAUAAGACAAUGGGUGCAUCUCUCUCUGCUGCUGGCGUACCAGCAAAGUUGGUUGGACCUAUAGUUUCUCCUGGUAUGACCACGGCAUUUGAUCUCAGAAACCCUACUAACUUGAGCCCCAAGACAAGUCCUUCUGGCUUCAACCAAGCCUGUACAGUUUUGCCUUCGGACUCCUGGGUGCAGAAUGAUCGGGAGCUGAAGCGUGAAAGAAGGAAACAGUCUAACCGAGAAUCUGCUAGGAGAUCAAGGUUGAGGAAGCAGGCUGAGACUGAAGAUCUUGCACGCAAAGUUGAAUCGUUGACUUCUGAGAACGAAACACUUAAAGUAGAAUUAAAUCGAUUAACAGAGAACUCGGAGAAGCUGAGGCUUGAGAACACUAAACUAGUGGGUAAGCUGGAAGACGCAAAACUUGGGCGUACAGAAGAGAUUGUAAUGAACAAGGUCGACAAGAGGACUCAACCUAUAAGUACAGAAAAUUUACUGUCCCGAGUUAAUAACUCUGGUUCCAUUGAUAGGACUGCCGAGACAGACAAUGGCAUGUAUGAGAAAAACUCAAAACCAGGGACUAAGCUACAUCAACUCCUGGAUGCAAAUCCGAGAGCUGAUGCUGUGGUGGCGGGCUGAUCAAGGGGCUAGUUUUUGGGUGGUCUCUUUAAUUAUGUAGUUUUGGCAUAUUUCAAGCCCAAAAUUACUGCUAACAAUAAGCAGGAGGAGAAUGAAACGGCUCAACAGAAAAACUAAUUUCUCUAAUUUUACUUGCGAGUUAGGUGUCAUACAAGAACUGAUGCUUUUCUAAUUAUUAGAAUUUUAGAGUGCUGAGAUGGCCUCUGAAAGAUAGUUGUACAUUGAAGAGAGUCUUAACUUCAUAAAGAUUUAGAAUAGAGUAGGUAAGAAACUGUUUGGAUGUGUCUUGUUGUGGUGUAAUUUUAUUUUAUUUUAGUGAUGAUAUGUCUGAAAGGCUGAACUGAAGGCCAUGCCAUGCAAUAUAUAUCGUGGCAGGAUAUGUUGCUUGGCUGUUUUUAGUUAAACAAUAAUUAAUGGGUAUUUUUGGCAAA